CUCUUAACGGCACCGGUAUGUUGCAGUUAAGAGCGCAGUAUAACGGCGCAACUGGGCGAGUCAUUAAUCCAAGGCCUCAGUGUACAGUGGUUGGAAAAGACCCAGCCGUUACGUGUUCAGUGUAGCUGGCAAGUAUAGGAGUGACAAAGUAUAAAAAUUUUCCACCAGCCCAGGGGACAGUACUUUGAAAGAGGCGCCUGAAUGUAGUGUCACGAUCAAUAGAGGCCAGAUUCGGCUGGUUUCGACAUGUUCCGUCAAGUUCCCCUGGUUUCCUCCGUCCACCACUACUGCUCUACUACUACCACCAUACUAUACCAGCCAGCCAACGAGCGAAGCAACUGCCGUCAGUCGACCAACCAGUAAUCUUGCACCUCUCUCCCCCAAACCUUAUUUUAGACAUGGACACGUUAUAUGGCAGGAACUCAUACUCUCAUAGGCUUUUUUACAAAAGGAAUACUAAAAGAAUUACCUGUUAAAGGAAAGUUCCCCUGAAAUUAAAAAUGAAGGUGUUGAAUGGAAAUAUUGAUAAAGCUGAUUAUUUUGAACUCUGAAAUUCUGGUAGUGCUAGUGGUCAGCGCAUGCGCCAGCGCUAAUGCGCCGCGCCGGAUGAGUAGUAGUAGUAGUAGUAGUAGUAGUAGUGGUGUGUGAGAAGAGAGAGGCAAGAUCCACUGCAACGGUCGAGGAUAAAGUAUACGCGACGGUAUCGCGAGGAAAUCGUAUGGAUAAGAGAUUGGAAAUGAACAGCCCAUUGGAGCAUGAUUUUGUUGAAUUAAAGUUUCCUUCAACAGGAAAAUCUCACAAGAAAUCAUCUAAAGCUGUCCUAAAGGAUUUCGAUGCACAAAACUGUCGGAGUACGGCAAUAGACGAUCCACCAGUAGCGUUUUGUGAGAUUUGUGGUCAACAAUUCUCAACCAAAAAAGAUCUACGGUCACAUAUCCUUGCUCACUUAGGACAACCUCGAGUGGUCCUCAAAAGAAUUUCCAACCUGAAACCCACAAAGAAAAAACAUAACGAUACGUAUCGCUUGGAUCCAGAAAAAAAGGGUUCUUUGAAAUUGACUUUGAAGAAACAGAGCAGUACCGAUUCUUUAAAGCUCACUUUGAAAAAAUCAUCUAAAUCAAAGGACUUCACUGUUGUUAAUUCAAAUUUUGAUUUCAAUACAAAUAUUUAUUGUAAGCAAGAACUGGCAGGUACAAGGAAGAAUGAACAGACUAAUGUUAAGGAAACAAAGGAAGGAAUCGAAGAGACAUUCGAGAAUGUGAUAGAGAGUCAUGAGGAAAAUGAAGAAAAUACAGAUUUUAAAACGAACGAGCCUCAUGAGUCUUUGGACGAACAUGAAAGACCUUCAAUGGAUACUAACGAGGGUGACUCUGGUGUAGGGAGUGAUACUGUAAAUCCUCAAGAACGAGAGGAUCAAAAUGUGGAUGAAUUAUCAGCUUUGGAUUAUUUCGACAAUACAGAAAAAAGACUGACUGAUAAUGAAGAUCUAGAAGAAUCAUCUGAUGCUAUAGAAGCAACUUGUAGAGAAACUAUUGAAAAUUUAAAAAAACUUGGAGAACAAUCCAAUUCCAGAACGUCUAGCCCAACAUCAAACGAAACAUCAGUUGAAAAAGAACAAGAAGUGGAGGAGGAUAUUGAUAAUCCAUCAAACAUGGUCCAACAGUUUGAAAACAAUUCAGCCAUUAACAUAGUUUCAAAAUCGCCAGUAAUUCCCAUGCAAUCGCCAAACCAUACUUCACCUUCUGAUAUGGAAAAGCAGACAUCAGUUUUACCGGACGCCAAAUCCAGUUUUAAUAACAAUCAGCUGCCCAGUGAUCUGUCGUGUAAGGAUAAUGAAAAUAACAACAAAGGAAGUGAUCAAACAGUCAUAAAUGUAGCCGAUAGCAAUGCUGACUCUACCGGAUCGAUUUUACAAAAUUUCCUUAUUGAGCAUCAGAGAAGAAGUGAGAAUGAAGCAUCGUUAAGCGAUAGUCCACCACCAGAUGAAACUGAAUACGUUUCUUUAGAGAAACUGGCAGAGACAACAUGUCGUGUUUGCAAUGAAAAGUUUAAGGAUAUUGCACAAUUGGAUGAGCACAAAGCCAAAGCGAGUCACUAUCAAUGCAAUAUACCGGAUUGCAUAAAUUUAGUGUUCAGUUCAUCUCUGGAAGUUGCUCUGCACAAAGCUCAAGUUCAUGGAGCGCCAUUAUCACCUAAUAUCAGUCAACUGUCACCACAUUUAAAUUCGAACUCGCCUCAUUUAAAUACAAAUUCACCCCAUGCUGUCUCGAUGGAGUCCACACACGUUUCUAGCACAUCACAGCACAGCAGAAACUCUCCAUUGACAUCAUCCCAUCAGACCAGUUCCCCGACGUAUGCUACUGUACCAAACACCACGCAACAGAUGCUGCCACCAGUAAAUUUUGAACAGCUUCCGGCUCCUGUGCAACAAUUGGCUCAGCAAGUGCAGCGAAUGCCAUUGCCGCAACCUCAGUUACCGCCAAGUCUUCCUCCUGGAGUAAAUACAAUGAUUCCUGGGGCAAAUUACUUUGCGCAACCCGCAGGAAGGCCACCAAUGUACAGGGUUACUGUACCACAAGGGAUGCACUAUCCUACACAACUAGCUCAUCUGUAUUCACAAUAUGGUGCAGCACCAUAUCCACAAAUGGCAGCACCACCGCAGUUACAUCCACCAAUGCCUCGAAACAGAUAUUCUUCAGUCAUGCAGGGUACAAGAGCACCCAGGAUGUCACAACCAGGUGCGGGUCCACGGCAGCAACGCAUGAAAAGGCCAAUUCAUCAGACGUUGUCACCACAAACACAAAACAAUCUCUCCGCCAUGAAACAAAGGCGACUCGACGUUUUGUUACCUGACAGAAAUGAAGAUGCUGACUGUCACGUGAUAGCUCAACAGAAGAGAAACGACGGGCUACCCGUGAUACAAAAUGUGCAAGGAGCAGCAACACAACAACCAUCAAACAGAGCCGACUCUACGAUACAUCUGACGGACUCUAUUACUCUCAGUGUACGACAACCUGGUUCCGCCUCAGCGCAAUCACAGAAUUCCUCCGCUGCUGGUGCAAAGAAACCAAACGCGGAAGCUGUAGCGAAUGUAUUGGCUGCGCGCGGUAUUACGGUUACACCUGCUGCGAAUAAGAACAAAGUGAGCGAACAGAACAAACAGCAACAACCGCAGCAACAGCAGCAGCAGCAACAACAGCAGCAACAACAACGGACGCCACCAGUACAGUCUGCCGUAAAUGUUACGGCGAUAAAUUUGAACUCUGCCAUUUCGAUCAUACCUGCAAGUUCGCAAAGAAAGGAACAGCAGCAGCAGCAACAACAACAGCAGCAGCACCAGCAACAACAACAACAACAGGCUCAAUUUGCGGUACCGCAAAAUAGACAGAGUAAGCAGUCAGCUAGCGACGUUGAACGACCGCCAAGACCUCCUACGGUGGAUCUGACUCAGGAUGGUCCACCUCCACUGGUAGCAACUAAGCGAGGGCGACCUUCCUUGUUAGCAUUUUUCAUCUUUUAUUACAAUGAGUUUUCCAAAUUUUCCUUCUUUAUUGAAUUGUUCCAAUUAUUUUAUAGAAAUGUAUUGACUUGUCCAAUCUGUGAGAAGAGCUUCCAGAAUCAAGGGAUGCUGACUCUACAUAUGGGCACGCAUCGAACAUCGAACAAAUUGAAUCACAAGUGUAAUUUGUGCCCCGCACAAUAUCCUAGUGCGCAGGCCUUGAUCGCGCACAAGCAAACCUAUCACAAGGAAGUUGACGCUACAUUACAGAGUGGUGGCACAGAAUUAGCACUACCUGUCGUAGAUUUAAAAUCACCACAAAUACUAAACCGACUAUCAAAUCUCGGUAUACAGAGUUACAUACCGUUAUCACAACUUAGUGCCCAAACAGGUGGUUAUUACGGUUUACCGAUAGUAACAAUCGACGGUGCACGAAAUCCUAAUAUCUGUAACUUAGGGGCCCUCGGUGCUACAUCGAUACUGAGCUUAGGUCCCCUUAAACACCUCUCAAAUAGAUAACCAUGAAUUAUGUAAACUCGUAUCGUGCAAAUUUACUGUUCACGCUUUGAUUUUAAAAGAAAGCUUAUAUUUUCGUGGGAACGUUUGCCAUUCCUAAUUGAUUUUCGAUAAAACGGAAGAUCUGAGAAUCUAAUUCGUUAUGGAUAAAUAUAGUACCUUUGAUGAGCACUAAAAACAACUGUUGAUUCGUUAGAAAAAUAAUUCAUCAGAUAUCAAAAUUAUUAAUAUCAUAUUUUAAAAGUAUGAGCCCUUCGAUACAUUUAAGUAGGUGAUAAUCGUAUAUUUGUUAUUUCACCGAUAACAGGUCAAUUCCUUUUUUUUUUUUCUUUUCUUUGAACGUGAUUUAAGCGGCGGUUAAGUGACAUAAUUUUGCUGUGACUAUCGCUUUUCUAAAACCCGUCUGUUUGCGGAAUUCGGACUUAACAGAUAUAACUAUGAAUACAUAACUUGUGAAUAUAAUUAUAAAUUCAUUGUGUAAUCUAUCAUCCGAAAAGCUGCGAUACUGAAGUCGAUUUUACCAAAUGUGAAGGUCGUCUCAGUUAAUAUUUUUUAAAUUCAUAUACGAAGUAAAAGGCUAAGUAAUAUAUGAUAUUAAGUCGUUGCAAAGUAUCAUUAUGAAAAUCAUAUUCUGUACGUUCUUAUUGUUAUACGUAUAGAUCAUUUCACAAUGUAUUAUAACUGAUGAACGAUAAUACAAUCGUACUUAUAAAUGCACCGUGUACGAUAUCAAGCGACAGAUGUUCCUCAGAAGUGUGUAUUCUUUCUCCAAGUGUGUAUAUACAUUUUUCUUAUGACAUUAUUUAAGAUAGAGAAAUUAUAUUUUGGUUUUCCUUCUAGCACGAAGAUGAGAAUUAGUAUUUUGUUCCUUACGUUUCUUAUUUACCUUAGAAAAUUUUAAGUGAUAUACAUAUUUAUCUUUGGUAAACGAGCAGAAUCAUUAUUCUAGACUCAAUCCAAAAAGUGAUGACUAUCAGUAGCCUAUAAUUUGCAUUCACACGUACCUCCUUUUUUUUAAGUUAACAGAUCUGUCAACUUUUAUAUAAAAACUGCUGUGUAACAAAAUUCUUCAUAAGAUUCUCUUGCCCAUUUUUCAAAAUAUUUAUUUCACACUCGUUCGCACUAUUUUCUCUCGCUAUCGUUUUAUAUUAUUUUUUCUCACUUUUCGUUAUCAUGAAUAUGCUAGAAAAACUCAGCAACUUUAAGUUUACUAUCCAAAUUUAUUCUACAAACAAGCCAGAGUUGACUUUACGAGCUGUCAAUUUUUUAUAUUAUCAUUACGUAUUGCUUCAGUGAAAGCAUGAAAUGCAAAGAAAGAAUUAACUUAUUCGAACAACAUUUUUCUUCAUUAUGAUAACAUUCACAGUAUUUUAAUUCAAUAUCUCUUGUUUUCAUAUAAAUAAUACAACAAUUUCUUGCAAGAUCAAAAACAUUAUACACCCGUUAUAAUACACGUUGAAAUAUUAAAAAAAGAAACGAAUCUUUGAAUAGGCUUGAUGGCAGGUAUCAUAGUUAUUAGGAGAAUUGUGUGUAUAUCCGUCUUUCACUUAAGUAAUACCAGGUAUACAAUUAGAAAGAAUUGCAUUAGUUUUGUCUAAAAGAACAUUGGCGUAUUCGCGGCUCUGUCAUGAAAACUUAAGGAGUCUCUGUUACGCCAAAAAUAUUAGUGCAAUUAUUGGUUACUUAAUAAGGUUCGAAGGUAUAACGGAUGCCUCGUUGAUACGAUUCAUCCAUAGAAAUAUAACAUUGUACAUAUACGUGCAUAUUACGAAGCGUAUUCUUAUUUUUAUAAAACGUUGAACUCUGAUCUUUUUAUUUUAAAUGUGUAAGAGAUUAAUGGAAGGAAAAUAAAAGAAAAUCCAUUUGUUUAAUA